CUGCCUGCUCAUGCCUUUAACCUCCGUUGCAGUGUUAGGCCUGCAAAGAGAAUGCACCUUAGCAUGUGGGGAGCGGCGUUGAGCAGUCGAAAGUUCAGGACUUGAGUCGGAACGCUUGCAUUCCAGCCCAGGUUUCAGCGGGACUCUGGGAAAGUGACUUCGGCUCUUCUCCAAAUGGGCCAAUGCACCCGUGGGGUUGUUCAGAGGACUGAUGAGCUCAUGGUUGUGCAUGGGGUUAGCCGGCUGUAAAAGGCCACAUAAAUGUUAAUCAUUGGUAUUAGGGUGCGCUGGAUAAAUGCUUGUGGGAAAUGAGGCCCAGCCCCUCCCUGGCUACACAUUAACCUUCACUGCCCUGAGGCCCCUCUGCAGUCCCACUGGGUCCCACUCCGGCUUCCCCGGAGGCCUGGCCACAGAGGACUGACAGCUGGGGCAUGUCAUGCUGCCAACCUGCACUCCUUGUCUCCACCAGGGCAGUGGGUCCCCUCGACUAGAACACAGUCAGCCCCUCCCAUCCCCUAUGCGCCUUACCAGCAGCCCAAGCUCUAGUCCCUAGAAAUGCCCCCACCAGGGUAGGAUGCUGAAUCAAGAUUGCCCCUUUCCAUAGAUGUCAGCUGCUGAGGACGUCAGAACCAGCCUUCUGCAGAAAGGGGCAGGAGAGAGGCCUGGGGCCAAGGGGCAAUGAAGCAACAAAAAGUGGACAGGAGCAAUGCCGUUGUUGCUGGCCCCGGCCUGGAGAAUGAGGAUACCAGGCAGGCUAUUGCCCCCCACAUCACCCCCGCCCCUCACUGCAGUCUCACCCACAUACCUGCCAGACCAGGUAGCUCAACCCAGCCAUGCCCAGCCAGGCUGGAGAAGGCGUGGGCCAGGAGCAAAGAGCCACAGGUGUUUGCUCUGAAUAUGUGCCCGGGGAAGUCCGCCAGCCUGCCUGCCCACCCGCUCACUCUCCUUGGCUCAUUGGCUCAGAAAGCCCCACCCAGCAGGGCAGUAAAGAACAAAAGCUGCCUCUGGGAGGCCCUCAGGCAGACGGGGCCAGACCAGGGACUGGAGAGAGGCUCCGAGACCCAGAAAGAAUAAAAUAUCCCCUGAUCUUGGAACUGGAAGACAGAAGUUCAAGACCAGCUCUGCCACUUCCAGCUGUGAGGCCUCGAGCAGGUGCCCCUCGGGGCCUUGGCUUGCUCCCUGUGAAAUGGGGACAGUGGCAAUCCCUACCCCGCCAAGUCAUUGCGAGUGAGGACAUGAUGACACAGUGGUUGUGAAACAGUUUGGCCGAUCACAUCUCUAAUAAAGGGCACCCAUUUCCAGGUUCUCCCCGGCCUGAGCGGGUGCACGCAGGUGUGCACCGCCCGCGUGAGGAACCACCAGCAUGAACUGGGCAUCCCUGCAGGGCCUCCUGAGUGGGGUCAACAAGUACUCCACGGCGCUCGGCCGCAUCUGGCUGUCGGUGGUGUUCAUCUUCCGGGUGCUGGUGUUCGUGGUGGCGGCGGAGGACGUGUGGGAUGAUGAGCAGAAAGACUUCGUCUGCAACACCAAGCAGCCGGGCUGCCCCAACGUCUGCUAUGACGAGUUCUUCCCCGUGUCCCACGUGCGCCUCUGGGCCCUGCAGCUCAUCCUGGUCACCUGCCCCUCGCUGCUGGUGGUCAUGCACGUGGCCUACCGGGAGGAGCGGGAGCGGAGGCACCGCCUGAAGCACGGGCCCAACGCCCCGUCCCUGUACGACAAUCCAAGCAAGAAGCGGGGUGGGCUCUGGUGGACAUACUUGCUGAGCCUCAUCUUCAAGGCCGCCGUGGACUCCGGCUUCCUCUACACCUUCCACCGCCUCUACCAGGGCCAUUACGACAUGCCCCGCGUGGUGGCCUGCUCCCAGGCGCCCUGCCCCCACACUGUGGACUGCUACAUCUCCCGACCCACGGAGAAGAGGGUCUUCACCUACUUCAUGGUGGCCACAGCCGUGAUCUGCAUCCUGCUCAACCUCAGUGAGGUCGCCUACCUGGUGGGCAAGAGGUGCCUGGAGAUCGUGGGCCCCAGGCGCCAUCGGUCUCGGCGCCGGAGUCGCCUGCAUGAUUCGUGCCCCCCAUAUGCCCUCUCCCAGGGAGACCACCCCCAAGAUGGGAACUCUGUCCUCAUGAAGGCCAGCUCGGCCGAGGUGGAUGCAGGUGGGUAUCCGUAACCUGUGAGGUUGGCAACUGGGACCGCCACGUCCCCCACCUGCUCCCUGAGGCCACACAGGGCAGUGGCACUUUCUGCAGCAAGGCAUUCGAGGAAGGUGGCUGUGGGGCUCCGGAAGCCCACCCAGGGGCCAGUACUGGGGGGCAGUUCUGUCUCAGGGUCCUGAGCCCCAGGGGAAGAAGGCUUAAUGGUAGGCAUUUUAUAUAUGGCAAUAGGGGAUGUCAAAACCCUUAAUAAAUAUGAUUUUCUCAGUACCUUGCAGACCAGGUGGGGAGUGAUGGGUAGGAGAGCAGGGGGUCACAAGGACCUUGGAGCAGAGUCCAGGACCACUCAG